AAUAGUGAUUCCCGACCCCACGCGACAGCGAGCGCAUUGCAAGAAUGGCCGGGGACAGUGAAACACAGCUGAGGGACCGAGGCGAGAACAAUAAUGUCGCUCGCCAACCGUUCCUCAUCGGUGUGUCUGGAGGCACUGCCAGCGGCAAGUCGUCGGUGUGUGAGAAGAUCAUGGAGCUUCUGGGCCAGGACAAGAUCGACCAUCACCAGCGGCAGGUGGCCAUUCUCAGCCAGGACAGCUUCUACCGCGUCCUCACCCCCGAGCAGAAGGUCAAGGCCCUGAAGGGGCAGUUCAACUUCGAUCACCCAGACGCCUUUGACAACGAGCUGGUGUUGACCACGCUGAAGCAGAUCCUGCAGGGGAAGACGGUCCAGAUCCCCGUCUACGACUUCGUCCAACAUUCCAGGAAGGACGAGUUCAUCACGGUGUACCCAGCAGACGUGGUUCUGUUUGAGGGCAUUCUGAUGUUCUACUCCCAGGAGAUCCGCGACCUGUUCCAGAUGAAGCUGUUCGUCGACACGGACGCCGACACCAGGCUGUCCCGGAGAGUGUUGAGGGACAUCUCUGAACGGGGUCGGGACCUGGAGCAGGUGCUGUCUCAGUACAUAACCUUCGUAAAACCGGCCUUCGAAGAAUUCUGCUUGCCAACCAAGAAGUAUGCAGAUGUGAUAAUCCCACGAGGAGCGGACAACCUUGUGGCCAUCAACCUGAUCGUCCAGCACAUCCAAGACAUUCUGAACGGCGGUCUGACCAAACGCCACAACGGCUGCUCCAACGGCCACGCGCCGCCGCGGCAACGACGGACCUCGGAGUCGAGCAGCCGGCCACAUUGACGAGCCACGCCUCUCUCCGGGGAGAGGGGUGUGCGUGUGUGUGUGCCCGUGAGAGUUUUUGUGUGGGUAGGGGCCACUUCUGUAAAUAAUACUUAUCCACAUCAAUGUAUUUAAGAAGGAGCGAGAGAGAGGAAGACGGAACGAAAGCAAUGCAAACAUAAUUGCAAGAAUUGCCUUUAUUAUAAUGAGGACGACAAUGAUGACUACUCAUUGGUGUUAUUGAAUGGUUUGAUUCAAUUCAGAAUAUCGGGAUCGAUGUUUUGUCUCUUUGCCAUCUUUUGUUUCUGUUUUGCGAAGAGACCAUUUGUUUAUAAGUAGGGUCCGCCCUACCGUCCUGCCUUUGGUUUUCAGUGUACCCUGCUGCUCUAUGGAAUUAUUAUUCAGAUGACAAAUAAAACCAGGGUAACACUUUCCUCCCAUUAUGUCUGUUGAAACUUGAAGCUCCUCCUGGUGGAGGAGAGACGCUAUUGCAUUUAAACGGUCUCUGGGAGAUAGUUCUUGGCCGAUGAAUUUCACUGCGUUUAAAUUAUUUCAUGUUUAUUUUUUUUUAUUGGACAAUCUCCGUUUUUGGUGUAUUCCUGUCUAGUGUUUUUUGACUUCACGGUCUGUUGUUUUUGAUGUAAUCUGACGCCAAGUCUUUGCCACAAGGGUGUGAUCUUUCUAAAGUGCAUAAAAGAGCCAGCAUACGCGCACACACACUGCAUGGUAAUUAAAAGCUUUCCACAUGGAAAAUGAUCAUACCUUUCCGGCUUAAACCGCCGCUAUCAGACAAUUCCAACAUGAGUAUUAUAAAUUGCAGUGGAGUGUG